AUUACAAGUUACAUUGACGCUUCGGGAAUAUACGGUAGUAUGGAAGAAGAUGCGUACGAUUUGCGUGAUUUAAGUCCGGAUCGAGGCUUGCUCAGAUAUGAUAUGGUAUCAUCAGCAAAUAAGCCUUAUUUGCCAUUUGAACGCGAUUCAUCCGUUGAUUGUCGACGAAAUUGGACUUUGAACUAUCCAGUGCGAUGUUUUCUGGCUGGAGAUUUUAGAGCUAAUGAACAGCUAGGAUUAAUGACUAUGCAUACAAUUUUUAUGCGCGAGCAUAAUAGACUAGCAAUGCAAAUUGCUGACUUAAAUCCUGAUCUCGAUGGUGAAACGAUUUUUCAUGAAACUCGAAAAAUUGUUGGCGCUGAAUUGCAACAUAUUACCUUUCAUUACUGGCUACCAAAAGUUCUUGGAAAAAAGCAAUUUGAUAAAUUGAUUGGUCCAUACAGAGCCUAUCAACCACUGCUGGAUGCUAGCAUAUCGAACGCAUUUGCGACAGCAGCAUUUCGUUUUGGACAUACAUUGGUUAAUCCGAUUCUUUAUAGAUUUGACAAAAAUUUAGCACCAAUUAAGGAAGGACAUAUACUAUUGAGGGAUGCUUUCUUUGCACCGGAAAUAUUGUUAUCAACGGGUAGUGUUGAUCCAUAUUUGCGUGGGUUGUUUGCAACACCGAUGAAGAAGCCGAUAUCGAAUGAGUUGGUGAAUGAUGAACUUACUGAGAAUUUAUUCAAUCAAGCACACGAACGAGGUCGUGAUCAUGCUCUUCCCGGGUAUGUCGAAUUUCGAAAAUGGUGUAAUCUAUCACCGGUGGAAAAUUGGGAUGAUUUGAGGAAUAUAAUGGAACGCGAAAUCAUUCAAAAAUUGAAAGAUUUAUAUGGUCAUCCGGGUAAUAUCGACUUGUUCGCUGGUGGUGUAGCAGAGAAACGAUUCGAUGGAGCACUGACUGGUCCAACAUUUUCAUGUAUCAUUGCUGAACAGUUCAGACGUAUACGCGAUGGUGACAGAUUUUGGUACGAAAAAAAGGACGUAUUUAAUGAAGCUCAGAGGAAGGAGAUAAAAAAGGUAUCACUGGCUCGGAUUAUUUGUGACAAUGCUGAUAAUAUCACCAAUGUACAAUUACACAUAUGCAAGACUUUUAAUAUGCAAGACUUCGACGAAUUCCGAAUUGCAUCAGCUAGCUGUUCAAGACCAAUAUUCCAUUCAUCCUUAUCAGGCUGUGGAAUGAAUGCUUCGUUCAUUCCGAUAAUUGAUUUCAAUCAGUUAUUAUUAGAAUACCAUGGCAGUCUUGCUGUUAUCAUUUAUGUCCAAUACGACACAAUCGAUACAGAAGAAUAUAUAGGCGACGGAAGCGUGAUAUUAAUCAUCAAUGGAGUUAUCACCAAAACUUGGCAUAAUCCACCGGACGAUUAA